UUGAGCUCUCGCGAGAACUCUUCCUUUCGGCCCUUUACUUGUUCGGGCCGGUGUCUCUCCGGGGAAGCUUCCACUCCGAUCGCCGGGCGCUGCGCUUGGAGCUGGAACAGUGAGCAGAAUGAGUGCCUCCCAGGACCAGAGUGGCUGCUGCAGUAAUAGAGAACCCCUUUUGAGGUGUUGUGAUGCACGGAGGGACUUGGAGCUUGCUAUUGGUGGAGUUCUCCGGGCUGAACAGCACAUUAAAGAUAACUUGCGAGAGGUCAAAGCCCAGAUUCACAGUUGCAUAAGCCGUCACCUGGAAUGUCUUCGAAGUCGUGAGGUGUGGCUGUAUGAACAGGUAGAUCUCAUCUAUCAGCUUAAAGAGGAGACACUUCAGCAGCAGGCCCAACAGCUCUACUGGUUACUGGGCCAGUUCAAUUGUCUUAUUCAUCAACUGGAGUGCACGCAAAACAAAGAUCUAGCCAAUCAAGUCUCUGUGUGCCUAGAGAGGCUGGGCAAUUUGACCCUCAAACCCGAAGAUUCGACUGUCCUACUUUUCGAAGCAGACACGAGUGCUCUGCGCCAGGCCAUCACCACAUUUGGGUCCCUCAAGACCAUGCAAAUUCCUGAGCACCUGAUGACUCAUGCUAAUUCAUCAUCAAAUAUUGGGCCCUUCCUGGAGAAAAGAGGUUAUAUCCCAUUGCCAGAACAGAAGGCCGCCUCCAGCACCGUGGCUGUCUCUCUCAGUGAAUGGCUCCUGGGAAGCAAACCUGCCAGCCGUCAUCAGGCUCCUUACAUACCCAGCACCAACCUCCAGGACUGGCUCACGCAGAAGCAGGCCUUGGAGAAUAGUCAGACUUCUGCCAGAGCCUGCAGUUUCUUCAGUAAUGUCUGGGGCAACCUGAAGGGCUUAGAGAACUGGCUCCACAAGAGUCAGCAACAAGAGGUCCCCGAAAAACCAACUUCCCAAAAGCGUAAUAGCUAUUCUACUACCAAUUCUUACUCCAUUGAAAUUGAAAAAGUUGGAGAUCUGGAGCUUCUUGAUCAAGAUGAGAUGGAUCUUUCUGAUUGGCUGGUGACUCCUCAGGAAUCCCCAAAGCUGGAGAAGCCUGGCAAAAGCAGCUGUGAAGCCAGUGAGAAGUUUAAGCUCCUGUUCCAGGUGUUCCAGGAGCCCUACAGUGCAAGUGAUUGGCUUGUCAAGCCCGAUUCCUGUACCAAUUGUCGGGGCAACCAGCCCAAAGGUGUGGAGAUUGAAAACCUGGGCAAUCUGAAGUGCCUGAAUGACCACUUAGAGGCUAAGAAACCCUUGUCCACUCCCAGCGUGAUUACUGAGGAUUGGCUUGUCCAGAACCAUCAGGAGCCAUGCAAAGUAGAGGAGGUGUGCAGAGCCAAUGAGCCCUGUACGAGCUUUGCAGAGUGUGUGUGUGAUGAAAACUGUGAGAAGGAAGCUCUGUGUAAGUGGCUUCUGAAGAAAGAAGGGAAAGAUAAAAAUGGUGUGCCUGUGGAACCAAAUCUUGAGCCUGAGAAGUAUAUAGAUUCCCUGAGUGCGUGGCUCUGUCCUUCCAGAAAAGAGGCAACAGAACAAGCUAAGACAACAAAGGCAGUGGCUCCUUCUAGUAUUGUCAAUUCCUUCAAAGUCAUAAGGAGCAGUCCCCUGUCAGAGUGGCUCAUCACCCCCUCCCGCAGAGAAGGAUGUCCCAAGGAAGUGCCUAGUACAGAGGACAGAGCUGGCAAACAGAAGCUUGUGAACCUCUCGGCCACAACUGACGAGGUCUUGCCAGGAAGCAAGAUGGGAAACCUCAGCCAGUUAUCCUCAGGGGAAGACAAGUGGCUACUUCGAAAGAAGGCCAAGGAAGUAUUACUUAAUUCACCCCUGCAGGAGGAACGUAAUUUUCCCCAAGACCGUUACGGCCUCCCAGCAGUUUGUGACCUCUUUGCCUGUAUGCAGCUUAAAGUUGACAAAGAAAAGUGGUUGUAUCGAACUCCUUUACAGAUGUGAAGAGAUGGAACACUGAAGUCAAGCAACUUUUCUGCAGAUUAUCACACCUCCAUGAGCCGAGUGACUGUGUGGCUUGCCAAAUCAUUGUGUUUCUGGGCCUGCCCAGUCAGCUUCAUUCCUUUCCUGCCUAAUUUUGAACUAGUGAAGAGAAAUAAGUCAUCUAUGAGUUACUGUGUAAAAGAAAAAGGCUGUUUGUCGAUGCUGAGGUGAUUCAGUUCCUUCUUACAGAAGUAUUAACUUAAAUUCACCCUCCACUAGAAGCACAGCAUCUUGGUGGCUAGGUCUUUUUCAUAAGCCUCCACAGCUCCUUAGAUUGGGUUGUUCCUAUAAGUACAUUAAAACACUGUAGUUUAUAAAAUGAA